ACUUUUUUUGAACUGCUGCUGGAAUGACAUCUGACCCCGGGCCUUUGCUAGUGUUGAGUUCGAUAAGGGUCUUUCAAUAGAAUAAUGCGGGCAUAGAACACUUUGCAUUUUCAAGAGGUGAUGGUAGUUGAUUGCUACGCGGUAAGUUGGAGCAAACAUUUCAGCCAACGCAUUAUUGUUAUCAGUCGGGUUGAAGAUUAUUUGGUCAUUAUUGGAAAAAACCGGAAUAGAUGUAUGGAGAAUUGUAUGGACCGAAUGACGCAGCCAGUUUUCAUUGUGGACAUUGAAGUCGCCAGCAGCCACGUUUCCGCUGUCGGAGUAAUUUUGAAGAAUAAACAAUAUUGAGUUGGAUAGGUUGCCAAAGCCAUUAUGCGUUUGGGUUUUUAUAAACAAAUCAGAAAUAGAACGUGUAUGUUUGGAUAGUUAAUUUCACCCGUAACAAGGUUAUAUCAGGGUCCUGAGUGCUGUAUUGUUGCUGACACUGGAACACUAUGUCGUUGCGCAUAUAUAUCAGAAGGCCUCUGUGUAUACGAAAUUGUGAAUGAUUUGGUAUCUGAGUCAGAAUUUGCAUAUCUGAUAAUUCCAGUCGAAGGGAGUCGGGAGUGUUAUGCCUCUAUCAAUCGAGCACUCACCAUCUGGUAUCACUCCCCAAAAUACUGACAGUGCCGACGGUGAUCGAUGUGGUCUGGAGACGAAAUGAGGCAGUUUUGUUGUUGGGGUUUUGGCGGAAACAUAAAAAGUCUUCUGAAAACGUUUAAAAUAAAUUCUGAAAUUGCUCUCGGCGUCUGUGUAACAUAUACUUAAAAGACACCAGCGUGAAAGGAGGAAAAGUAUUAAAAGCAGGAGUUAUACCUUGCCGACAUCGUGACAUUUGUGUUCUAUUGCCGUCCAUCUAGGACGACAAAUGCAACAUGUUUUUCUUCCACAAAUCGAGUAAACAACGAAGAAAGUUGGCGGAGGUCGAAUGUGGCAUAUCCACCACUACGUUUUUCGCAUUCCGCUCUCUAAGUUCUUUUAUUUUGUACCCAUAUCGCUGGCAGCUAAUAUACCUUCAUUUGAGCAGUGUGCAAAAUAGUUUUAAACAUUCUGCUUUGUUCGCCAACAGCGUACAUAUGUGUUUGAAAACGGAGUGAAUUUGCGACAUAAUUGAAAUAUGCUACGUACAUGAGUGCAUAUUAUUAUCCUAAUUUGCUCAUGAAUAUCUAUUAAAUAUCGUGAUUUAGCCUGUGUUAUAAAGCAAGUGCCGCUAAUAACAUUCAACGUAACCUUCAAUCAAUUCACUGAUACUUUAAGUAAUACGGUGGGACUCUUUUUUCCUGUAGGGCAGCUAUGACGCAAUACCGGUUUGCUGAGUUCAAUGCAUUUUUAAUAUCUAAUGCUAUUACUAAGCAUUACUUUUUGUUGCCUUCCAUCCAACGUGUACCUUUAAUCGCUUCUGCUGCGGUAUUCAUGACCAUCUUUACUGCAUCCAUUGGGCUUUUUUUGUUUCUGAAGACGAAUCGGAAGUCCGACAGCCUUUUAAAUCUCUCCAGUGAUGCUUCUAAGCAAUUUCGAAUGAUCUUUUCGUACACCUUGCCUAUGGUAUCCAAUAGACAAAUAGGGUGGUAUGUAUUUGCAACUUGCGACGGCUUAUUUGGCUUUAGCAGAAACACCAGCGUUUGUUAUAUCCACUUAUCUGGGAAAAUUUGUUCUUUCAAACAAACGUGGAAUGUGCUCGCAAACAGACCUUGCCAGCAUGGCUUGCUUAAUAGCGCAAUUUAGGAUACCAUCAGGGCCCACCUACACUGUGAGUGUGCGUGUGUUUGUGUGUGGGUGUUUUUUUUAAUUUUUUGUUCUGCGAGCAGGAGAUAGAAAAUCUUCAGGUAAAAAUCUUCUUGGUACCAGCAAAUACGACUUCUACGUACCAUAAACUACCCACCACACACAUUUCAUCUACCACUCUUCCCCGCUGGAACAACAUUAGGUAUUACUUCUAGGAGACUGGUUGUCCUUAGCACGCUUCCAAUGGUGGGACCCCUGUGGAAUCCGCUAUUGGUUUUCACUCCCCCUGAUCUCCACCCAUUGUCUCUUCAGACGUCGUAACUACCAAACGCGUUUAUGGCGUUCCAGGCUCCUGCACUGCCGAUCAUUACGUCCGUGAUCUCGUUACUUGGCACUUGAGACCUCCCGUUCUCAAAUCUGCAGCAGUAGAACAUUACGUACUCUGCGUCUUCCUCCGUAUCUGCGCAUAUCGGACAGUUAGGCGAGCUGUCGUGCCUGAAUCUGUGUAAAUACUUCCGAAAACAGCCAUGGCCAAGCAGAAGCAGGGUUAUGUAAUAAUUUACUUCGCGUCUUUCAACCCAUCGUCUAAUACUAGGGAUAAGAAUGAACGUGCAUCUUCCUUUGGUCGUUAUUUCCCAGAGCUCGUUGCCGCGACGCUGUUCGUAGUUACGGCUCAUCUCAUCGGCCAGAAUGUCGACUGGUGAAGUGCCAGCUAGCACUAGCGCUGCUUCCUCCGACACGGUCCGGAAUGCCGAAAUCUGUCUCAAUGCGCUAAGGCGAUAUAUCGCCGCCAAUUUUUGGAGUGCCGCCUUAGCUAGUGCACUUACCCAUACUGGACUCGCAUACAUAAUGAGCGAGGUCACCACCGUGAUUGACCUUCCUCCUAGCUGCUUUCAGCCCUCCUACGUUUGGUAUAAUCCUUCCCAGUGCCGUUUGGAUCCCUCCCGUUUUUUUCGCCACGUAAUCAAUGUGACGUCUGAAGUUGAGGGGGUGGUCAAUUAUGACUCCCACAUAUUUAAGAGCGGGAACUUACUGCAUGAUGUGGUCCCCGGUUCCUAUCUCGCACGCCCGCUUCUUCCGGCUCCUCAUAAGCACAACUUCCAUUUUGUGUUCAGCCAGCUCUAGGCCCACCUUAUUUAGCUACCCUUUGAUGCGCAUGAUUGCGUCGGUAGCUUUCGCUUCUAUGUCGGCAAUAUGCUUUGCGACCACCACUAUCGCAACGACAUCGGCGAAUCAAAUACUUGUUGUGCUGGUGGGCAGCUGCAACUUCAGGACGUCGUCAUACAUGACGUUCCACAAAAGAGGGCCACGAACUCACCCUUGUGGGACCCCUGCUAAUAUUUUAUACGGUUCUGUGCCGUUGUCGCUUACAUACACCAACGUACGGUUCGACAAGUAGCUCGUUAUGGUAUCCAACACACACCUUGGGACCCGCGCUUUUUUAAACGCCUUGCAGACAGCCCCAAAUCAGCCGAGUUAAAGCCGUUAAGAAGUACCUGAAUUCUAUGAAGGAAAAUAACGUCUGGCCACUUAUACAUACACUUAAAAAAGUGAACUUUUUUAAGAUCUAUUUCUGUUUGGUUACUUUAUUUUUGGACACAAUUAACAUAAGCUCCGGCAGCGUAAUUCGUAUGAUACCCGCGGUCGGCAACGUGCAGCGCGAUGGCGAUUUUCGUUAUUAUUCAAUAGGAACUCCUUUUCCAACGAGUUACAUACCUACGAAGCUUCAAAGUAAUGAGGAUAUAAAUAGUUACCCUAAUCCUCUGCAGAGCAUUACACCUUCAUGUGAAAAACUUAAAGCGAUGUGGAACCUCUCACGUCGCCGUGUUCGUGCUUCUGAGAUAACAAACGAAAUUCCGACAUUUCAUGAUCCCUUCGCAUAUAACAGCAAGCCUCAUAAGUUUCAUUAUGCAUCACCUCACACCAUAGAAAGUGACAAAAUAUUCCAAAGUGUUGGCAUACCUAUGUUUGGUCGAGUUGCAGGCCGCGAACCGAUAUUUUCGAGCCACGUUGAUUAUUAUGAUCGCCCACGCGUUAUGGUUCGCUCAUCUCCAACAACCCCAAUUGACAUUAACAAUGCCGACACCAAAUCGCAAAAUAUAGUUAGACGUCCUACACAACAGUUUCGUCAUGGAGGAGGCGGUGUAACUGGCAUUGAAACUAUCAGAUCUUUGAAUGCUUCCACUUCCAAAGAUCUUGCAUCUUUUGUCGGCAGCUUUCAAAAGCUUAAACAAUUAAUAUGGGCUGAAAGAGCUAAAGAAUCAACUCAACGGCGUCGAGUAAAAGAGAUAUACGCUAGAGCGAAUGAAUUGCGUGACAUAGCCAAAGGACGAAAGUUUCAGAUCGAUGAAGCUACUAGCAAACUGUCAAAGAGAAUGAGAAAAUCCUUAAAGUUAAAUGAACCGACCGCAGCUUUGAAGCUAAUAAACUGGAUUGAAUAUCCAAAUAAUUUGUUGCAGGUAGAUCAUGUCAACACCAACUCUUUUUCUGAUAGUCAAGAAACUAAACUAAGCAGCUGUACUAAAUGGCACCACCUGCAAAACUUGGAACUGUACUUGAAGUCGUUUUUAACUUAUAAAUUGGCAAAGGAUCUAUUAGAAAAGUUCAAAUGAGAAAAAAAUGUUGCGAUUCAACUGCUGAGAUUACGGCUGGAGCAUAACGAUACGUUUUAUUGAACCAUCCGUUAUUAUCAUACGAUAAUAAGCAGAUCAGUGAAGUCGCAUGAGAAAUAAGCAGCAUUUGAAAGAAAAAAGAAAAAGUAGAAGCCCAAAUGUACUUAAGCAAAACAAACUCAAUUAAUAACUUUACCGUUCUCUUCGACUUUAUAACAUCACCGUAAACGCCAAAGUACUAAUGAAGUGCUGAUGCUAUUAUUAUGGUUGAAAGAAGAAUGACAGAGACAAUAAUUUUCGUGUAAUAGAAUAACAAAU